GAGCUCCGUGCGCGCCUCGAGGCGCUGGAGCGGCGGAUGGAGCGGGCGGAGGCGGCGCUGCGGGACCGGCCCCUCGCUGCCCUGCGGCUCCACGGGAUCCCGGUGCUGUUCGAGGAUGUGGCAGUGCGGUUCAGCCCGCAGGAGUGGGCAAGCCUGGACGAGAGACAGAAGGAGAUGUACCGGAGCGUCAUGGAAGGCAACUACGAGAUGCUGGUGUCCUUGUGUAGGCUGUGUUUCCGCCGCUUUGGCAGCCCCAAGGAGCUCUCUUGGGGUCAUUUCUCUGCUUCUUUGCCUUUCACUGGAUCUCAGAUAACCCUCUCCUUUCCCUGUCCUCUCUGGCAGCGGUUGGAGCAUGGCAGGGACACGCAGGACAGGGUAGUAAGUGCUUGGUGUCUUUUCCUCAUGGAGAACAGGUACAUUGUUGGUGUUGUCAUCUCCCUAGCUUGUCACCUCAAAAAUUCUCUGCCUGGAACACCCCUUUUGAUGAGAAUUUUCCCUAAAAUCCAACCUGAACCUCCCACUGAAGCUGUUUCCUCUUGUCCUGUUCCUUGGGAGCAGAUCCUGAUUCCCUCCUGGGUGUCAUUGAGCUGUGCAGAGCCACAAGGUCCCCCCUGAGCCUCCUUUCCUCCAGGCUGAGCCCCCCAGCUCCUGGUGCUCUGUUCCCCAGGUCUGUUCACUUCACUUCAGCCCCUCAAUGUCUUCCUUGCCAUAAGGGGCCCGGAAUUGCUCCCAGGAUUUGAGGUGGUCCCUCAGCACUGCCCUCGUGCUCUGGGUGGACAUGCAGUCAGGAGCCUCACAAUUUCCUUCCUGUCAUUCAGGGUAUUUUCCUAUCUGCAAGGUGAAUUUCUGGGAGAACAGGGAAUUCUGUAGCAAGCGUGGAGCAAGGAUGGAUUCUCUUGCAGUUGUUCCCAAGGGACUUUUUCAGAGGCUUCUUUCCAUAUUCCCCUGUCAGCUCUGCCUGCUGUUUCCUGUCUGUAGCCAUAACUCCUGUUGUAGAUGAUUGGCCUUGGUUGUAGAUGAAGUUUCCUGGGCUGGGGCUGACUCUUGCCCAGCUGUGGGUGAAGAGUCCCUGUCCCAUCAUGUUUCUGAUGUCUGUCUUGCUCUUGCCCAGACUGUGCCCUGUCCAAGCCUGAACUGUUAUUACAGCUGGAAAGAGAAGAGCUGAGCACGCCGCUGGAAUCAGAGCCGGAGGCAGCAGAGAUGUCCCCAGAGCUGGCUGGAGAGCCAGCCCAAGAGAACUGCACCAGCUAUGACAUGCUACUGGAGACAGAGACAAUGGAGAGGGACUGCAGGGAGCCAGAGGAAAGCUUGAAUGUGGCAGAGAAAAGUGGGAGCUUGUCAGAGGAAAGCGAGAACCUGGUGGAGGAAAGCAGGAGCCCAGUGGAGAUAAAUGGGAACCUGGUAGAAGAAAGCAAGAACCUGGUGGAGGAAAGCAGGAGCUCAGUGGAGAUAAAUUGGAACCUGGUAGAAGAAAGCAUGAACCUGGUGGAGGAAAGCAGGAACCCAGUGGAGAUAAAUUUGAACCUGGUAGAAGAAAGCAAGAACCUGGUGGAGGAAAGCAGGAGCCCAGUGGAGAUAAAUUGGAACCUGGUAGAAGAAAGCAUGAACCUGGUGGAGGAAAGCAGGAACCCAGUGGAGAUAAAUUUGAACCUGGUAGAAGAAAGCAAGAACCUGGUGGAGGAAAGCAGGAGCCCAGUGGAGAUAAAUUGGAACCUGGUAGAGGAAAGCAAGAACCUGGUGGAGGAGAGCACUAGCCCAGCAGAGGAAAACAGGAGCCCAGCAGAGGAAAACAGGAGCCCAGCAGAGGAAAACAGGAGCCUAGCAGGGGAAAACAGGAGCCUAACAGAGGAAAACAGGAGCCUAGCAGAGGAAAACAGGAGCCUAGCAGAGGAAAACAGGAGCCCAGCAGAGGAAAACAGGAGCCUAGCAAAGGAAAGCGGGAGCCCAGCGGAAGAAAGUGGGAUCCUGAUGGAGGAAAGUGGGAACCCAGAGAACUGCAGCACAUCACCCGUCCCUCUGGAAGGCACUGCUGUCCCGGCGGAUCUCAGCCAGCCGACCCCGUCCCUUCCCUUCCUGCUCUCCGUGUCCUGUUGGAAAGCUGAGGGUCAGGACUCUUCUCCCCCUGCAGCAGGAGAUGCUGAGGCAGGGAUCCCAAGGGAGCUGCCACAGGAGGAAGUUGCUGCAGAGAAGCUGUCGAUACCCAAAACACCCUCUAAGGGUUCGGAAGAGGACAAGGGUCUGGAAGAGGAGGCUGUUAAAGAUUCAGGGAAUACUGGCCAAGAUCUGGUGGCCAACACUCCUGAAGAACCAGGAAAGGAGGUGAUACCAGAUGUCCACAAACAGGCAGAACAGGCAGAUCCCAGCCCAGGGGAGCCGGAGAAGGAUUCUUGUGUGGGCCGGCCGGCGGCUUUGCAGCGAAAUUCCGCCAGGGAAUUUUACUCCUGCCCCAUCUGCAGGAAAACCUUCCUGCUGAAGAUCAACCUCCUGAUCCACCAGCGUGGCCACGCCAACUGGGUGCCCUACGUCUGCGUCCACUGCGACCGCAAGUUCAUGUCCAAGAAGAAAAUGAGGCGGCACCUCCGUGCCUGGGCAGCCAACGGGACGUGCCAGCCCUCGGAGCCCAGCCAGGUGCCGUGCUCAGCAUCCCACUCCCAAGCCUGGGCAGCUAACGGGACGUGCCAGGCCUCAAAGCCAGAGAAGUGUCCCAGCAGGACACCGUGCCAAACAUCCCAGCCCCAAACUUGGGCACCUAAUGGGUCCUGUCAGCCCUUGGAUGCAAAGGCAUGUCCCAGCCAGGGGCCGUGUGCAGCAUCCCAGUGUCCAACAUCCCAGCCCCAAAACUGGGCACCCAAUGGCUCCUGCCAGCCCUUGGAUGCAAAGGCAUAUCCCAGCCAGGGGCCGUGCUCCAGCCAGGGGCCGUGCCCAACAUCUCAGUGCCCAACAUCCCAGCCCCAAACCUGGGCAGCCAACGGCGCCUGCCAGCCCUCAGAGCAGAAGGAAUGUCCCAACCAGACCCUGUGCCCAUCCUCCCAGCCACAAGCCCCCAGCAGGGACUGUGGCACGGUGUGGCAGGAUCCUGGGCCUGCCAGGUGCUCGCUGUCACCUGGGAAGAUGAUGUACACGUGCAACGAGUGCCUGGAAACCUUCUCCAACCAGAUCUUCCUGACGGUGCACCAGCGCCGGCACUCCGGCCACCACCUCAUCCUGUGUCCCUGCUGCAACCGCAGCUUCACCUGGGUGUCGGACUUUGUCCGGCAGCACUGGAUGCACAUGGGUGUCCGGCCCCACCAGUGUGGCAUCUGCCAGAAGACCUUCAAGAGGUUCUCCCACCUCAAGGCGCACCAGAGGAUCCACAGGCGGCAGGAGCAGCCGUUCACCUGCGCCAACCCGGUGCCCGUGGUGGCGGCACCCGCGGCAGCAGAGGGGGUGGGAAGCCAGGAUGUGACCCCCCAGGGAUGGGACCAGGCUGUUGGACCUGCUGUCGGGCCUUGAGGUGUCCUCCUGACAACAGGAAGGUGCUGUUGGACCUCAGGGUGUGCUCCCAGGGACGGGAAGCUGCUGCUGAAAUUUGAGAUGACCUCCCAGAGACUUGAAGUGACCUCCCAAGAUGCUGCUGGUGGACUUUGAGGUGACCUCCCGGACACAAGGUGCUGCUGACAGACUUUGAGCUGACCUCCCUAGGACAGGAGGCUGUCUGAAUUUGAGGUGAAGAAUGGGAUGCUGCUGCUGAUGGGCUUUAAGGUGUCCUCCCAGGAAUAAGAUACAUGAUAAACUUUGAGGCGUCCUCCCAGGAAUAAGAUGCUGCUGUUGAACCUUGAGGUGACCUCCCAGGCAUGGGAUGCUGCUACUAAACCUUGAAGUGACUCCCAGGGAUGCAAUGAUGCUGCUGGAUCUUGAAGUGACCUCCUGGGGACCAGACGGCACUGUCAGACCUUCUCCCCCUCU